UAUUGAACAAGCGUCUGUGGGACAUUCAAAAUGGCAGACAUUCUGCAAGGAGCCCCAGAUGGGUUUGGGGCUGCUGUGACACUGAUGAACCAGCUCAAUGCAGAUCAUUUGAGCAAAUUGAGCAAAGAUGUCAUCCAGUUUUUGCAGUACACUCUUGGAGUGGUGAAUACAGACAGUUGGUGUAAGAAAGUUCAAGAAUCUGGCACCAAGUUUACCAAAGAAAAUAUACAGAACAUAAUAAAUGCAUUGAUAUACUUGUAUAGGUCGUCAGCGAAAGCUGACCUCUCCGAGGAAGAUUUCAUGUCCAUGCUGAGCUCCUCAACAGUAUUCCAGCCAUCAUCUUGUUCUUGCCUGUCUGCAGUAUGGACGGAACAGAGACAUCAGUUGCAGUCUUCAAAUAUUAAACAACACAUAUUGGGGGUUGGACAACUUCUUGACAUCCAGUGGAAGGUUGGAGUGGCAGUUAGCUCGGACCAGUGCCGAAAUCUCAACUCACCCUACGUGACCUUGACACUGACAGUUGCUGACCCCGAUGGAAGUGUUAAAAUACACACCCUCGAAUUAACCACCAUACAAUUUAGGAACUUUACAAAUCAGCUGAAGGAAAUUGGAAGAAUGCUCGAUAUGGUCUGAUGUCGGUACUUCAGGAAUGAUUGAUGACACCAAUGCAUGAAUGAAUAGCAGCUAAUAGUGGAAAUCCUGCCAAAUGACUUCUGUGAAGGACUGCCAGUCAACAGUGAACUCAAUAUUCUUUGUGAUAAAUUGCUUGGCCAACAAUUUCAAAGAGCUACAGCAUAUCUUAGCAUACAUAAUAGUCAGGAUAGAAUGUCCACUUAGGACACAAAAUUAAAAUUUUGACUCAUCAUAUUACUUCCUCUUCUUCCCAAAAAUGUUCAAGUUUCAUAAAUCUUUAUAAACAAAUGGAAAACAGAUGGAAAUAAUUUUCGUUUUAUUUCCUUGUCCCCUUUUGAAAGAUCAAUUAGUGUUACUGUCAGAGCAAUUGAAUCAUCACAGGAUGUGAUAAAGGCCCCUGAGUCAUCUGGGGAAAAUAAUUGUUGGCCAUAACAUGAAAACCGCGUACAUUUUUUACAUGAAAGUUUUAUCACUAUGGCUGAUUUGUCUCUUGGCAAAAUGAAAAAAAGGAUGAGUGUUCGAAUGCUAAUUAAAUGUGAAAUAUGACUGUCAAAACAUUUGCAUUGUUUUAAUUUGUGAGCUAAUGUCUAGUAUAUAUACACACGUUCUUAUAUUUUAAUCAAUUUCAUAAUUAAACAUUUCAUGUACAUAAACAUUAUAACCAGAAGUUUGUUCAAUGCUGUUAUGUUUAUUUGUAUAUUUCUACAUGUAUAUUUGUGACUGAAAAGAUUAAUAUUGAAUCUCUUAAAGAAUAAAAUAACUACGAUUGAAAAUGU